AUGGCUAUCAAUUCCCAAACACUUAACGUCUUUCAAUUAGGAAUUGGGUUUUUCUUUGUUUUUCUUGCCUUCAAUUCACAAGGAUUUAUCGAAGAAUCUGUUCUAGAUUCGUUUGUUGCACAAGGAGUGGUGAAAAGGCAUGAUGGAUAUACCAGCCUAGCAAUUAUUUAUGCUUCAUUUACUCUACUCAAUAUAGCUGCAGCGCCAAUUGUGGGCAUUCUUGGAACUCGAUGGGCAUUACUUUUUGGAGCUUGUACUUAUGCACUUUUUCAAGCUGGCUUUUUAUUUUUGAAUCGUUUUUAUUUGUUUGGUUCUUCUGCUUUGCUUGGAUUGGGGGCUGCUGUAAUAUGGACAGCUCAAGGAAAAUAUUUAGCACUCAAUAGUCAACCAGAAACAGCAGGCAAACAUAGUGGUUUAUUCUGGGCAUUAUCACAAGCAUGUCAAGUCUGUGGAGGAAUAUUUUUAUUAAUUGUAUUUUUACUUCAUCAACAUUCAAAUCCUGAAGAACACUUUCGUUUUGGAAGUAAUUUUGCUCCAUCAACAGUUAAAUUACUUUAUGCAGUAUUUACUGGAAUUACAGUUUUGGGUGCUUUAAUUUUGGGAUUGUUACCUUUAAAUGGUGAAAAUGUUGGGAAUAAUAGGAGAAGACAUGGAGAAGAUUCUCCUUCACCUUCUGAAUUGCUUGAUCCAAUUAUUAACCCAAUUUCGAACCAACCAACUGGAGAAGCUAAUAUUCUUGAUAAUGGGAAUGGAACUGAACCUAAUAAUAUUUUAUCGUCUAUUCUAUCUAUGAUCAAAUCAACAUUUAUUCUCGCCAAAACAUCAAAAAUGUUGUUAUUAUCAAUUCCAUUUAUGUAUACUGGAAUUGUUGUCAGUUUUUGGAGUUCAAUAUAUCCAACAAGUAUAGCAAAUACAGAAUUAUUUCAAUUAAAUCAAGGUGUUGACCCGAAAAUUUUAUUGGCUUUAAAUGCUAUAAUUCAAGGAGUUGGGCAAAGUAGUGCCGGCCUUCUAUUUGGAAUAUUUGGUGUUCGAACAACAAAAAUACUUACAAAAUCAAAUAUUGUUUUAAUUGGCUCUUUGUUACAAUUAUUGGCCUAUUUUGCUAUUUUUGCAAGUAUUCCUGGAGAUGCUUCAUUAGGGAAAACAUUUGAACAAGGAUAUUUAAUUUAUCCAAGAAUUUGGAUAGCUUUACUUUCUGGAUUUUUAAUUGGUUUUGGUGAUUCUUGUUGGAAUACACAAAUAUUUUCUCUAUUAAUUUCUCAUUAUUCACAACAUCAAAGUGCUUCAGCCUUUUCUCUAUUUAAAUUUUACCAAUCAUUGUUAACUUUUUUGGCAUUUUUAUAUGCUUCUCUACUUUCUCUAUAUUGGCAUUUAUUAUUUCUUUUUGUUGGUUCAAUACUAGCUUUGUUUAGUUUUAUUUUUGUUGAAAGAACAAGUCAACAAACAACAAAUAAUGUUGAUAUUUCUGAAGAACAACAACAUGAUAUUAAUUAAUUAAAUUUGGAUUUUUUACAAUUUUACAAUUAAUAGAUAAGUAAAACUUUUUUUACAAAUUAUUAUUCAAUUAAAACUUUUUUUUUUACAAUUGUACAGUUAUUAGCUAUUUUAUUUAAAAAAGUUUUAUUAAUAAAACUUUUUUACAAUCUAUUAAUAAUUAAAAAACUUUUUUACAAUUGUAAUUUAUUUAAGCUUGUUUUUACAAUUAAAUGAGGUUUUUAAUUAAAAAAAGUUUUUUUUUAAUUAAAACAAACUUGUUUAACAAUUCCAACUUUUUUUACAACUUAUUAAUAAUUUAUAACUUGUUUUACAAUUUUUCAAUUCUUUUAUUUUUAUAUUACUGUUCAAGUUUGAUUAAACUUGAAUUUUACAAAUUUAAAAUUAAACUUGUUUUACAAUUAUUUCCUUUUUCUCUUCUUUUUUAUUUUUAUUUUCU